GCCAGCACACACAGGAAGAGAGAAAGAGAGAAAGAGAGAAAGCGGAAAACUUCAGCUGAUCUCCUCAUGGCUGUUCUUACGAUCUGAGGACUUUACCAUGACGCGCCAGGACUUUAUAUCAAUCAUCAGAGGAGUUCAUGACAGCUCUUUAGAUUGACAGCGUGGAUCUUUAGGUUUAGAGAUUUCACGCGUGGUUUGUUUAUUCGCGAUCGAGACAAACUUGCGCCAAAACGCGCGUGCGGACGCGGAGACUUGUGCGCGGAGAUCAGCGCGGGCGCGUAUUGAGUCGCGAAAGGUACGAGACUCGCACGCUUCUGUGAUCCGGACUUUAGGGUUCAAACUUCCCUCCUUUUCCUUUGUGCUGGAGGACAAGCGCAGGCCGGUGGCGCGCAGCAGCACCAGGCCGCGGGUUAAGACGCCCUGAGCGGGCGUUCGAGGAAUAGAAGUGAUUUUACAGAACAAAAAUGGAUCCAAACUCAGCAUCUGCUGGUGCUCCCAAAAGUGGGAAAGACAAGGAGAAGAAAAGCAAGAAGAACUAUGACGAAGGAGACGGAAAGAAGAAAUUUACUCUCAAACGGCUGAUUCCUGAUGAGCUGGAGCGCUUCACCAGCAUGCGGACGAAGAAGGAGAAGGAGAAGUCGGGCACGAUGGGAAUCAGACACUCGUCAGCCGCCCAGUAUGAAGUUCCGUCCCAGAGCGUCUCGCUGAACGAGCUGUCAGACGAGUCUGUGCUGGAGCUGUUUGAGCAGAUGCUGGUGGAUAUGAAUCUGAAUGAGGAGAAGCAGCGGCCGCUGAGGCAGAAGGAUAUCGUCAUCAAGAGAGAGAUGGUGUCUCAGUACCUGCACACCUCCAAUGCUGGUAAGAGUCAGAAGGAGAGCUCGAAGUCAGCGCUGAUAUACAUCCAGGAGCUGAAGACCGAUCUGAGAGACACACAGUUACUGAGCUGCCUGGAGUCACUGCGUGUGUCAUUAAACAACAACCCCGUCAGUUGGGUCCAGACGUUUGGAGCCGAGGGUUUGGCUUUGCUUCUGACAUUCCUCAAGAAACUUCAAGACCAGAGAGAAGAACCUUUGAAUGCUGGGAUUGGUGUAAAAUGUCAACAUGAGAUCAUUCGAUGUCUCAAAGCGUUCAUGAACAACAAGCACGGUCUCAAAGCCAUGCUGACGUCAGAAGAAGGAAUCCCUCUCCUUGUCCGAUCCAUCAAUCCAAACGUCCCGCACAUGAUGGUGGAUGUAGUCAAACUGCUGUCUGCCAUCUGUAUCCUCGAGCAUCCAGGAAACACUCAUGAGCGAGUUCUGGAGUGCAUCACUGAGCAGGCUGAGGAGCAGGAGAUCGAGAGGUUCCAGCCGCUGCUGUCCGGCAUGCAUAAAAACUCCAUCACGCUCAAGGCCGGCUGUAUGCAGCUGAUCAACGCUCUCAUCAGUCGAGUGGAGGAGCUGGACUUCAGGAUCCACCUGAGAUCAGAGCUCAUGAGACUGGGACUCAAAGACCUGCUGAAGGAGGUGAGGUCGAUAGAGAACGAGGAGCUCAAGGUUCAGUUGCAGGUGUUUGAAGAACAAGCUGAUGAUGACUCUGAAGAUCUUCGCUCCCGGUUGGACGACGUUCGUCUUGAGAUGGAUGAUGUGACUGAAGUCUUCCAGAUCUUGAUGAACACGGUGAAGGACUCUAAAACUGAACCUCUCUUCCUGUCUCUGAUGCAGCACCUGCUACUGGUGCGAACCGACUACAUGGCCAGGCCUCAGUACUAUAAACUCAUCGAUGAGUGUACGGCUCAGAUCGUUCUGCACAGGAACGGCUGUGAUCCAGACUUCAAAUGCAGGAAGUUUGAUCUGGACGUGGGCCAUCUGAUAGAUAACAUGGUUGAUCAGACCAAAGUGGAAAUGAGUGAUGCUAAGGCCACGGAGCUGGAAAAGAAGCUGGACGCAGAGUUGACGGCCCGUCACGAGCUGCAGGUGGAGCUGAAGAAGAUGGAGUCCGAUUACGAGCAGAAGGUUCUGGAUCUGAGCACUGAGAAAGAGAAGCUGGGGAAAGAGAAGAAUGACCAGGAGAACGAGAACCAGGGCCUGCAGUCAGAAAUCAGCCAACUCAAAGAGAAGAUUGAGAAGCUCUCAGAAGAUCUCAAAGAAGCCAAAACAAAGGUCAUCACCGUACAUGUGCCUGUGGCUCCGCCCCCCAGCCAAUCAGCUUCCUCGGUGCCACCUCCACCUCGUCCUGCUGGAGCCUACCUUCCUCCUCCUCCCCCACCUCCUCCUCUACCAGGACAGACGGUGCCCCCACCGCCACCUGCUCCACCUCUGCCCGGAGCACCUGGCCUGCCUCCGCCCCCUCCACCACCUCCUUACCAGGUGCAGCUGAAGAGAGCCAACUGGAGCAAGAUCGCACCGGAGGAGCUGUCUGAAGGCAGUUUCUGGGUGAAGGCGAAAGAGGAGCGCUUUGAGAACAAGGAGCUGUUUGCCAAACUCACUCUGACCUUCUCCUCCCAGACCAAGACCUCUAAAGGUAAGAAGGAUCAAGAGGCAUCUGAGGAUAAGAAAAAUGCUCAGAAGAAGAAGGUGAAGGAGCUGAAGGUGCUCGACUCCAAAACAUCCCAGAAUCUCUCUAUAUUCUUGGGUUCAAACAGGAUGCCUUAUGAAGAGAUGAAGAAUGUCAUCCUGGAGGUCAACGAGAAAGUUCUCACUGAAAACAUGGUGCAGAGUUUGCUGAAGCUUCUGCCGGAGCAGGAACAACUGAACACAUUAUUAGAGAUGAAAGACGAGUAUGAGGAGCUGGCUGAGUCUGAACAGUUUGGAGUUGUGGUCAGUUCAGUGAAGCGUCUGAAGCCCCGUCUGACCUCCAUCCUCUUCAGACUUCAGUUUGAGGAGCAGGUGAAUAACGUCAAGCCGGACGUGGUGGCGGUGACGGCCGCCUGCGAGGAGCUUCGGAAGAGCGAGAGCUUCGCCAAAGUGCUGGAGAUGACGCUGCUGCUGGGAAACUUCAUGAACGCAGGAUCACGCAACGCCAAAGCUUUCGGCUUCAGCAUCAGUUACCUGUGCAAGUUGAGAGACACUAAAUCAGCCGAUCAGAAACAGACUCUACUGCACUUCCUGGCGGAAAUAUGUCAGGAGCAGUAUCCUGAGGUCAUGACCUUCUCAGAGGAGCUCAUCCACGUGGAGAAAGCCAGCAGAGUGUCAGCAGAGACGCUUCAGAAGAAUCUAGAUCAGAUGGGAAAGCAGAUUAAAAACCUGGAGAAAGACAUCGAGACGUUCCCCCCUCCGCAGAGCGACAGAGACAAAUUCGUAGAGAAAAUGACCAGUUUUGUAGCAACGGCUGGUGAGCAAUUUGAGAAGCUCAAGCUGAUGCAUGAGAACAUGGAGAAGCAGUAUGAGGAUUUGGGCAAGUACUUUGUCUUCGACCCCAAGAAAAUGAGUCCAGAAGAGUUCUUCGGUGACCUCAACAACUUCAGGAACAUGUUCCAGCAAGCGGUGAAAGAGAACCAGAAACGGAAAGAAGCAGAGGAGAAGAUUCGUCGAGCCAAACUGGCGCGAGAGAAAGCGGAAAAAGAGAAAGAGGAGAAACAGAAGAGAAUGAACGCUGGACAGAUUCCCAACAUCAAUGAUGAUGAUGAGACUGGUAUCAUGGAUGGAUUGUUGGAGGCGCUGCAGUCUGGAGCUGCUUUCAAAAGGAAGAGAGGACCACGACAAGCAGCCAACAAUCGGAGAGGAGCCGGUCAGGCCGUGACAAACAUUCUCGCCAAAGAGCUUCUUCAAGAGGUAGCCCCGCCCAGUGCCACGAAAAAGACCCGAUUGGAAGCGGAGGACAGGAAAGAGUCGUCUCCGGAAGACACGGGCUCGCUGGAGGACCUCUUAGACGAUGCUCCAUUACGCUCAAAUUAAGGACUUCCUCUACUGAUCCUGCCGGUUAAAAGGACCAAGUCUGCGAGGGCGGGGCUCUCGCUAAACCACACCCCUCGAGUAAGCCCACACGGCUUCCUAUUGGCCGUCAUACUGGAGGAGUGGCCUCAUCUCAUCACUGUCACAGUCAUUUUGUCAUUGUCUAGCAUUCUUUCUCUAAACACAAGAUUUCAUCUGUCCGUUAUCUCUGUUGUCUGCAUUUGCAAAGACUCCAAAGAUUUGUAUAUAGAUUCCAGAACAUUUUUGUUCCAUUCCAAAUUCAUCUGAACAUCCUGUUCUGGUUCCUUUUUAAAACAAACAUCUGUUUCUCUUUAACAUUUAGCUUUUUUGUUUUGCUCUUUGACUUUAAAACACAUCACAUGGCUGAAAGUUUGAAAUAAGUCACAUUAUUUCACAUUAAUGUCGAUCCCAUAAAUGUUCAAUUAGAGUGUACUUGAGGUGUUCUCAUUGAGGUUCUGUAGCCAUCACAAGGAGGUCUGGUACCUGUUCACAAAAUAAUUUCUCUCUUCCUGUGCUCUUCUGUUUCUGUCAUUUUAAGUGAAUGGUGUUGUUUGAAUCUCAAAAAUACUUGUAUUUUUCACUGGCUACAAUCAAUGAGCCUCAUUCAUUCCAGUCAUUCAUAAAACCAUUCUUGUAUAAAUCAUUGUAUGGAAUGAAAUGUGACAAUUUAUGUAAAAAUGGUUUCAGAUAGAACUGAUAAAACAUUAGUAAAAAAGUGCAUAAAUUGUUGCAUUGAAUUGAAUGCAAUAAUCUACUUCACAGUGGUUUUCAUGAACGGCAUUGGUCAGUUAUGCGUUUUCAUAAAUGUCCGUCGUGUUUUUGUGUUUGUGCUAUAGUUAUAUGGAUCUGCUGAUCCAAUCUGCUGAUACAUACAUCACACAAUUCUCAGUGGCGUUUCACCAUCGCAAGAUAAAUCAUUUUUCAUUUCCUGCCAGACAUUGAGUAAAACGUCACUGUGAACUGGGCAAAAGUAACAUUGACAGGUCCUUUGGCAUUUAUUUCUCUGAUAAACGGUUUGAUCAAGACAAAUCUGAGGGACUGUGGCAGAGCACUUCUAUCAUUGGUGCUGAAAUAUCUGCACAUAGACUUAUUAAACUUUAGUAUUUUUCAUUGCAGUCUUCAAAAGAUGGUGAGCAAAUGUCCCUGCCUUUAUGUCGACUGAUCACCAGCAGAUACUGUUUAACCUUUCGAGCGUUAAGAUUGCUCUUGAGUCGUAAACUAAGAUUGUGUCAGUGACACAGGGAAAUAUGACCUCAGAGUUUCAGCUUUGCAAUAUGACUUACCUGAAUGUUGAUGUUGGCUGAAAGUUUGAGGGUAGAGAUCACUGUUUAAAGCCAUAGCUCGGACUGCAUUUGUCAAGAAAUCCUGAGAACUUGUCUUCCGGAUGAAACUAUAUUAAAAUAUAUAUGCAUUUAUGUAAUGUGUGUAAAACGACGUCAAUGUUUUGGCAGUGGUCCGUUCUCUAAAUUCUGCCUAGAAACCAGUAAGUCCGAAAGAGCUUGAGAACAUCCUGCUUUUUUGUUUUUCUGGAGUUUUUGAAGCCAAAUUUCCGAUUUUUGACAUUUUUGUGGACUGCAGUUUUGGAGAACUGGGAGCCAACAGGUUCUGCUUCAAAGCCGAUUGAUCGUAUUGGUGGUUGUGCAAGUCAGUUUCACUUUAUUGAAAAAGCUGGAUAAAGAUCACUGGAAAAACAAAGAGACUGUGUGUUUUCUUUGUUUUGAUGUUUUUUUAAGAACACAGUUUUUCUUUGUCUUUUUAUUGUUGAUUGUUUUAUUGUAAUACUAUAGAGAUUGUAUUGGUGAGAUCCAUUUGGUCAAAUUGUGUAUAUUGCGUUUUGACUGUAGAGAUGUUUAUUCUGGUUGUCUCUAAUCCACACCAUUAAAAUAUCAUCUUUAAUACUUA